AUGGGCAACAGAACAUUGGAUAAAGCUCUCUGUGACUUAGGAGCUAGCAUCAACUUAAUGUCCCUCUCACUAAUGAAGAAGCUUGCAAUAGAGGAAGUCAAGCCUACCAGGAUGUCACCCCAAAUGGUUGAUAGAUCACUCAAAAUACCAAAUGGGGUUGUGGAAAAUUUAUUAGUGAAGAUUGGAGAGUUUAUUUUCCCUGCUGGCUUUGUUAUCCUAGACAUGGAAGAAGAGGGACACAAUUCAAUCAUAUUGGGAUGGCCUUUCUUAGCAACAGCAAGAGCCAUCAUUGAUGUGGAGAAAGGAGAGAUGACCUUCAGGGUGCAUGAUGAAAAGAUGACCAUCAAUGUCUUCAAAGCAAUACAAUAUCCUCUAGAGAAGGAAAAGAACAUGAGAGUGGAAAUGAUAGAAGAAGUGGAGGAUGAGCUAUUGGAAGAUGACUAA